AUGGAUACAUAUAAGUACGAACCACUCGAUCUUGACAAGCCUGCUGUUCGACUCCUCCGACUUCUGAGAGGGGAACUCGGAGAUGUCGUCGAAUGCGACCUAUUUCAAGGAUGGAUUGACAGAGACGAUAGCGGCAUGCCUUACGAUGCCUUGUCGUAUACUUGGGGAGGCACGGAAAAGCCCAACACGAUCAAGGUCCACGGAACUGCGAUGCAUGUUACUGCGAAUCUGUAUUCUGCACUCCAACAUCUACGCCUCAAAGAUGAGGAUCGCAUCUUAUGGAUUGACGCCAUCUGUAUCGAUCAAAGUAAUGUCCAUGAGCGACGACAUCAGGUUCAACAUAUGGGUGAGAUUUACAAGGGGGCUGAGCAUGUUGUUGUCUGGUUGGGUGAGGGUGAUGUAGCGACCGACCUUCUCAUGGGCACCAUGAAACGGCUCGAAGAACGACUCCUUGAAGUCUCAGGCGAUUGGAGGCGAUCAGCUCAUCUAUGGAUACAACCUUGGACUGAUCUACAAUCUUCAGACGAGAGAACGAACACACACCAUAGAAGCCACCUGCGUCAUGGAAUGAGUUCAAUAUUGAAGCGAUCAUGGUUUCGAAGAAUAUGGGUUCUGCAAGAAAUUGCUCACGCUCGAGUCGCAACCAUAAUUUGUGGAAACAAGUCUAUUUCUGCACGGGUUUUCGCCCAGAUCCCUCCUCUGAUAGGCCUUGUGGUUGAUAACCAUUGUCAAGCUAUUCUAGAUAUCAUGCCAGGGUUUACUUGCAAAGAGUCGUGGUGGAAUGAAGACAGAAGUUUGCAUAAACUUCUUAUGAAGUUUGGGCACAGCGAAGCAUCCGACAAGCGAGAUAUCAUCUACGCUUUGCUAGGGAUCUCAUCGGAUGCAAGUGACAGCAAAAUCUUAAUUCCCGAGUACACCAAGUCGGUGAGAGAAGUGAUCCGCGAUACCACGUCAUAUAUA